AUGGCAAACGAAAGGCGACUCAACAAGUCAGCAUCCCGCACUCUUCGACAUGGGGGUGGUACCACUGUCACCUCCGCCGCCUCCGCCCAGGGUUCUGUUGGCAGCGGCAGCAGCAGCAGAAGUGGCAGCAGCAGCGGCAGUGGCGGCACGGUGAGCGCGGUCAGCGGGGGGAAGAAGCAGAGCAGGCAGUAUCGUCUCCCACCACAUCCUCCCGUCCCUCCUGCUCAGGCUUCUCUGCUGCAGUCACAGCGGGUACCCGCGUCCGGCGUCGCCUUCCCAUCAGCACGACAGGUUGGCUACGAGUCCCCGCAUGUCAGCAACGGCAACGGCCGGUAUUACGCCUCUGCCGGCCGAGGGGGAGGAGGGGGAGGGGGAGUAGGCGGGGGGGAGGCAGGCCUGGCCACGACCUCAACGGCGCGCGGUGCUGCGGACGGCCUCGCCUCAACCGCAGCCGUGACCGUGACCGCAGCUGACGCCACCCAAGGGUCGACCGAGACGGUGGUCCCGUCGGCGGACCCGGAUGCCAUGGAGGCUAAGAAGGGACUGAACAAAUGGGGCGCCUUCGACUCGCUCAGCGGUUCCGGAACGGGCACGUUCGGGUUUGGACCCCUGCUGUUCCACCAUGUGGAUGAGACACCGCGGGACCCGUACGACACCACCAACAUGAUGCUCAACGACCCCAUCAGCUUCAACCCCAUGAGCGCCAUUUCGUGGGCAAGGCUGGAUGAGAGCCCCGAAAGCAUCGAUGAGCUCGAGGGCGACCAUUCGUCGACGGCACAGCAGUCGGACACGGCACCCUCAUCAGCCAGGGCUGCAGCCGGGGCCAGAGGCAGCAGCAGCAGGCAUGACGGGGGCACCACCGGCCGUGCCGGCUAUGUCGACAGCCCGGCCAGCACGGCAGCAAGCCCACGGCAUGGCAGCGGUGCAUCGUAUGCGUCUGACGUCUCCGGGUCGCGAACCUCAUCCGUGGCAGGAAGCAGCGUGGGCAACAUUUCUAGGACCUUCUCGGACACGAGUCUCGUGAGCCCGGACACGGAGAGAAGCUCGGCGCCGGUCCCUUCGGCCUUUACCACUCCUCCCAGCUCACGGACACCUCACCCUCCCCCUGGCCAGCAGCAGCAGAAACAACAAGGAGGAAGCCAGGCCGAGUUCCCUGGCCAGUAUCGAGCUCAGCAACCGCCGCAGCAGAAGCAGCAGGUCUAUCAGACACAAAACGCGCGGUUCCCGACCGAAGAAGAACUGGCCGCACACUACCGCGCCGAACACGCCUUCACCUGCACCUGGGCCUCGUGCCCCGCCGUCAGCUUCACGUCGAGAAACGCGUUGGACUGGCAUGUCAACGCCGAGCACUACCUCGUCUGCCCCGUGCCCGGAUGCUGCGGGGCCACGUUUGGCAGCAAGAGGGCCCUCGAAGGGCAUCUGAAGGUGAGUCGAAAUUGCCAUACUGACUCGUCAAUUUAG